AUGGCUCCAGGUGGAAAGGUCCGCCUGACUUCUUACCCUGCUAUUGCCAACGCACCGCUUCCGGCAGAGGGAAACGGCACAUUCUCAAACCUUCACCUAGCACUCCUCAUCUUCGUCACGCCCGCUAUUCUCCUGCGCCUCAUUCCGUUCAUCAAUCCUUCUUGGGUGCCAUGGUGGCUUUAUUUCAUUCUGGCCGCUAUCACGGGUGUUCCUGUCGCUUGUGGUUACUGGACCGUUAUGAGUAUCUACGGACCUCGCAAGAACAAUAAGGUCGAGCUUCCUGGAAGGCCCAUCGAGGAUUAUAUUACCAUCAAGGACCCUAAGCUCAAGCAGCAGUACUUCGGCAGCAAGAAGAUCCCUAUGCAAGUUUUCCACGAUGCAUACUUUGAAGGCAAGAUCGACAUCAAAGGUGACAUGCUCGACGUUCUGGAGUACCGAUGGGACUGGGCCGAAAUGCGUUUCACUCUCGAGCUCUUCAAAUACGUCAUUUUCAAGCUCAUUCCGGAUGUCUUGAUGCACACCGCAAAACAAGACGAGGAGCAAGUCCGUGACCAUUACGACCGCGGCAACGACUUUUACAGCUGGUUCCUCGGUCCCCAGAUGAUUUACACCUCUGGAGUCAUCUCCGAUGCCAACAAGCGCGAGUCCCUUGAAGAACUGCAGGACAACAAGCUGGCGCUUGUCUGCUCGAAGCUCGCCCUUCAACCCACAGACCGAGUCUUGGACAUUGGCUGUGGCUGGGGAACGCUCACAGCCUUCGCUGCAAAGAACUUCGGCUGCGAUGUCACAGGCGUAACACUUGCCAAGAACCAAACGGCCUUUGGAAAUGACAGGAUCAAGAACAAUGGCAUCAGUUCCGACAAGGCGCGCAUCCUUUGCCUUGAUUACAGAAACAUUCCUGUCCAGCCUGGCCACUACAACAAGAUUGUCUCUCUUGAAAUGGCUGAGCACGUCGGUAUUCGUCACUACAGCAAGUUCCUAGGCGAUGUCUACAAUCUCUUGGAUGACGACGGAACAUUCGUCUUCCAAGUUGCUGGUCUCCGUCCAAACUGGCAAUAUUGGGAUCUGAUCUGGGGUCUGUUCAUGAACAAAUAUGUCUUCCCUGGAGCGGAUGCCAGCUGCAGUCUUGGUUGGGUAAUCAACAAGCUCGAAGCUGCAGGCUUCGAGGUCCGCUCGUGCGACGUCCUCGGCGUGCACUACUCUGCGACCAUUGAGCGCUGGCUUCAAAACUGGAAGAGCAAUGAAGCUAACGUCAAGUCGAAGUAUGGCGACCAUUGGUACAGGACCUGGCUGUUCUUCCUUGCUAGCUCUGUAAUCAUCGCACGUGAAGGUGGCUCCAGCGUCUUCCAGAUCACCUGCACCAAGAACUUGAAUGCCACGCACCGUAUCGAAGGCGUUGCGUCGCAUGGAAACAUUCACCCCAAACCCCAGCGGCCCUUCACCAGUGUCUACCACUAG